UCAAUGACUAAGUUGGGAGACAUUUGAUUUUCAUUCUCAAUUGUCUACACCACAUACAUCAAUUCAUAUCCACAUAAACCAGGUGAAAAUAUCAAAAUUAAACUUGCAAGUAUUAUUGGUAAAUGUUCAGACUCAAGUAGUUGGCAGUUUAUUCUUUAUCUGCAUUAUGACAACUCAAACCCUUGUACAAUGAAAAAGUGGCCCUCAUCUAAAAGGCAUUUUUCUCAUGGAAAAGUAGUGUGGGCAAAGGAAUUCAAUCAGUCUAUUUUGAGAAAAGAAGAAGGCCACUCUAGGCAGACGUGAAGAACUAGGAAACCCAAGGUAUCAUCCAAAGUGGCACAGGGGGAACAUGACAACAUCAAUGAUCACAAGCUGUAGCCCACAAUUGUGUUUGUGGCUUGCCCUUCUGUGCUACACGUGCUUAACAUGCACAAAUAGCAAAGCUUUCCAACUGAGAUACUGCAACUAUAAAAACGGUAGUCUUUGUGAGCUAAUUUUCAUGCCAAUUUCUCUCAACACUACUUCAAUGGUUAUUACCACUCACUACACAAAAACCCCAUCAAGGGAUGGAGACCAAGCAGCAGCAGCAGAAGAAGAAAAGCUAAGCCAAGAAUGCAAGGAACUUCUUCUUUCUCUUCCCAAAGAGAAAGGAUGGAGAACCCUCCAUCUCUACAAGUUUCAAGAAUUUUGGUGCCAGCCAACCGAAAUCCAAGCCAUAAUCUCCUCCCAAAGACACUUCCAAGCAAGUGACACUGAUGUAGUAUUGGCCACCGUACCAAAAUCAGGCACCACAUGGCUAAAAGCCUUGGCUUUUGCUGUUGUGAAUCGCAGGCGUUUUGCUGUUGUGUCAAACAGCCAUCCUUUGCUUUCAUCCAACCCCCAUGAUCUUGUACCUUUCUUUGAGUACAAGCUUUAUGCCAAUGGCCAGAUUCCUGAUCUUUCAAACCUUCCACAGCCUAGACUUUUUGGCACCCAUAUUCCAUUUGCUUCCUUACCUAAUUCCAUCAAGAAAUCUGAUUGCAGGGUUGUUUACAUCUGCAGAAACCCAUUUGACACUUUCAUCUCCUCGUGGCACUACAUCAACAAAAUUAGGCCGGGAUCUCAAGCACCAAUGUUAUUAGAUGAAGCCUUUGAAAUGUACUGCAAGGGGAUUGUAGGGUUUGGACCCUUUUGGGAGCAUAUGUUGGGGUACUGGAAGGAGAGCAUAGAGAGACCUCACAAGGUGUUGUUCUUCAAGUAUGAGGACAUGAAAGAGGACAUCACUUUUCAGUUGAAAAAAUUAGCAGAGUUUCUGGGGAUCCCAUUUUCCUUGGAGGAGGAGAGAAGUGGUGUGAUUGAAAAGAUUGCAAAGCUGUGCAGUUUUGAGAAUCUGAAGGAGUUGGAGGUAAAUAAAUCUGGCAAGUCAAUUAAGAACUUUGAAAACAAAGAUUUGUUUAGGAAGGGUGAGGUGGGAGACUGGGUGAACUAUCUGUCACCAACUAUGGUGGAGCAAUUAACCAAACUCUUGGAGGAGAAGUUAAGUGGUUCUGGUUUGUCAUUCAAAGUGUUUUCUUAGGGCAAGCAAUAAAUGCUGCCAAAUUGUGCCAUUUGCAUGGUUAUGUGAGCGUAUGGAUAGAAAGGUGUAGACAUCAUUCCAAUAAAUGUUUCACUUCAAACAAUGUA